GAGUUCAAAAUGUUGGAGAGGUUAAAAUGUCAGCAUUCAAUGGUGAACAACUCACACUUGAUGUUGACAAAAUCUUCUGGAACUUUGAAUCCAACAAGCCACCCCGUUCAGUUUGCAGUGAGGUCUGUCCUCCAGGUACCCGUAUGGUUAGAAAGAAGGGAGAACCUGAAUGCUGUUUUGACUGCUUCCCCUGCGCUGCAGAUUCCUUGGAGUGUUUCAGCUGUCCAGAGGAUUUCUGGUCCAGCCCCCAGCGAGAUCUCUGUGUUCCCAAGAAAACAGAGUUCCUCUCCUAUCAGGAACCUUUAGGGAUCUGUUUGACAGCUGCCUCAUUGCUGGGCACAUUCACCUGUGCUGUUGUUCUGGGGAUUUUCAUCUAUCACCGCAGAACGCCUAUAGUUAGAGCCAACAAUUCAGAACUCAGUUUCCAACUUUUGCUGUCUCUUAAACUGUGCUUCUUGUGUUCCCUGCUGUUUAUUGGACGGCCCAGGCUCUGGACGUGUCAGCUGAGACAUGCAGCAUUUGGAAUUAGCUUUGUGCUUUGUGUCUCGUGCAUUCUGGUUAAAACAAUGGUGGUUCUGGCUGUUUUCAAAGCCUCCAAACCAGGAGGGGGAGCCAGCCUUAAGUGGUUUGGUGUUUCACAGCAGAGAGGAACAGUUCUAGUUCUCACUUCUGUUCAAGCUGCAAUUUGUACGGCUUGGCUUGUCACCUACUCACCAGCUCCGUAUAAAAAUACUCACUACCACAACGACAAGAUAGUUUACGAAUGUGUUGUUGGCUCAACAGUCGGUUUUUCAGUGUUACUUGGUUAUAUUGGCUUACUAGCCAUAGUCAGUUUUCUGAUUGCGUUUCUGGCCAGGAAUCUUCCUGACAACUUCAAUGAAGCAAAAUUAAUCACAUUCAGUAUGUUAAUUUUUUGUGCCGUGUGGGUGGCCUUCAUACCUGCUUAUAUCAGCUCACCAGGAAAACAUGCAGAUGCAGUAGAGGUGUUUGCAAUCCUGGCCUCCAGCUUUGCCCUUUUGGUAGCACUCUUUGGACCCAAAUGUUACAUAAUUCUGCUGAGACCAGAAAGAAAUACAAAGAAAGCUAUAAUGGGGCGAAGCACCACUGAAAGGUAAAAAAAAGGUGUUGGAGAAGUGAACUACCUAGAAACUAUACACACAUUCUACUCCAUUGAGGUGCAUU